AUGAAUCCGCAAACGCUGUUAGAGUAUCUCCUUACAUGCUACCCAGUUUUCCUCAUGCUAUUGUUCGUUGUGGUUUGUGUGAUCCAAGUGGUCGUCACGAGCAAGACCGAGCAAAAAGACCCGCAGAACAAUGAGGACCAGCAUCCCAGACAGACCUGGAACCCGAUAGCUUUCAGUCAGGUUCAGCCUUUUUCCCGGACCGUCAAACACUGCUUUAACUGGCUCUCAGCCGGUGUGCUUGUGACAUUCUUUGCGAAUGCGACGAUAUAUACCACCCAUGUGUUAAUGGCCCGCUCCGAGUAUUGGUGGCGCGGGCAGUCUGUAGUGAUUUAUAUCGUGGGCUCUAUCUUUGCCUACGCAGUUAUUCUUCUCAGCAUACUCGAUACCACCUCUUCCCCGACGGCCACUCAGCUCACAUGUUGGUCCUUCGCCAUUCCCACUGAGCUUAUUAUUCUUACCACCUCCCUCUCAAUUUAUACCUCAGUCCACUAUGAGCCAGUAGUCGGAGACCCCGACGGAGGCGCAAUGCGCCAGGGGAUCACCUUUUGGGAGUGCAUGGAAGUGGUCCCCAACGGGGUCCGUAUAUUGAUUCUGGUCUCUCUUGUUCUACUCUACUCCACCAAGUCUAGUAAUUUCAUAGGACUUGAUGGAGGCUCAGAGGAAGAGCCAGGUUGUGAUACUGAGACAACUCAGCUACUGAGCCCUCCGCGCACAAAGAGUUGUCGUGGUAAUGGCCAGAUCUAUGGUUCAACAAGUGGAACUGCGAGACCCGCAGAUACCAAACCACAGAACUCCUGGGCCCGACCAGAAGAAUUGCCAUCCAGGAGUUGCUUGGAGUAUCUCAGUGGCUUCUCCCGUUUUUCCCCCUACAUGUGGCCCUCCAAGUCCCCCUGCCUACAGGCUGUGGCAGUGAUUUGUUUCCUUCUCGUGAUUUUCCAGCGAGUUCUCAAUGUGUGGAUACCCAUCCAGACUGGGGCGAUCAUUACAUCUUUGGCAAAUCAACAAAAUGCAAAUGACCUCCAACCACCGUGGUUUGAGAUCUGCAUGUAUGUUUUUUACCGGUGGCUGCAGGCAAAUGUGGGCUCUUUGCGCUCUGGUCUCUGGAUUCCCAUCGGCCAGUAUUCCUACCUGGAGCUUUCCACAGCUGCCUUCGAACAUGUUCACAGUCUCAGCUUGGACUUUCACCUGCGAAACCAGACAGGCGAGCUUCUUUCAGCUCUGAACAAAGGCAAAUCAAUCAGUUCAUUCCUGGAGCAAAUAAUAUUUCAGUUCCUUCCUACGCUAGCUGAUCUGCUCAUCGCAAUUGGGUAUUUCCUAGUUGCGUUUGAUGUUUACUACGCCCUCGUGGUUGGAAUCUCGGCAUUUGUGUAUCUUUAUAUUACCAUUCGCAUGGCUCAGUGGAAUGCGAAGACCAGAAGAAAGAUGGUCGAUGCUUCGAGACACGAGGAUGCGAUCAAAAACGAUUCGUUGGUCUCCUACGAAACGGUGAAAUACUUCAAUGCGGAACGACACGAGUUUGUCCGAUACCGACGCGCUAUCUGCAAUUACCAGAAUACUGAGUACUACACAUUUCUCUGUGGGACUCUAUUAAACACCAGUCAAAGCACUGUGCUGUUGACCUGUUUACUGGUCACUUGCUUCAUCGCUGCAUUUCAAGUCUCUACUCUCCAGCAACCCGUGGGUCGGUUUGUUACCUUGUUGAUGUACAUGGCCCAGCUACAAGGUCCUCUGAGCUUCUUCGGAGCCUUCUAUGUCUCCAUACAGUCGGCCUUGAUCAAUGCGGAGCGUAUGUUGGAGCUUUUCAAAGAGAAGCCAACAGUCACUGACAGCGAUCACGCCUCCCCCUUGGCCACUUGUGAAGGAAGGGUCGAGUUUCAGAAUGUUAAAUUCUCCUAUGAUCCGCGAAAUCCUGUAUUGAAUGGACUCACGUUCACUUGUCGACCAGGAACCACUACAGCCCUCGUGGGAGAGUCCGGUGGUGGCAAAUCUACGGUUCUCCGUCUCCUCUUCCGGUCCUACAACCCUAAACAUGGCAAAAUCCUCGUCGACAGACAUGACGUCCAGGAUAUCACGAUUGAUUCUCUGCGCAGGCAUAUCGGUGUGGUUCCGCAGGAUACGAUCCUUUCCAACGAGACUUUGAUGUACAACUUGAAGAUCGCAAAUUUAAAUGCUAGUGAUGAAGAUGUAUACCAAGCCUGUCGCAAUGCCGGUAUUCAUGCCAAGAUCAAGAGUUUUCCAGACGGCUACUACACCAAAGUUGGAGACCGUGGACUGCGCCUCAGCGGCGGUGAGAAGCAACGCGUGGCAAUCGCUCGAGCUAUCCUCAAAGAUUCUCCAAUCAUACUGCUGGAUGAAGCUACAUCCGCGCUCGACACUAAAACCGAAGAGCAUAUCCAGAAUUCCCUUGCAACUUUGUCCAAUGGCCGAACCAUGCUCAUCAUUGCCCAUCGGCUAAGCACCAUCACAUCGGCAGACCUCAUUCUAGUCAUAGAGGAAGGCCAGGUGGUCGAGAGCGGCACGCAUGAGGAACUGGUGAAAAUGCAAGGCCGUUAUUCCCGCAUGUGGCGAAAACAAAAUGGUGAGACGGACACACCUCAAACAUACGACAAGGUGGUGCGCAUUUAA